AUGUUUGCAAAGGAUGCCCAGGCAUUGGCAUUGUUGGACCUAAACAUUUGGAAUGGAUUGGCCCACGAUCACAACUUCCUCACGGCACUCAACUGGGUCACGGCACUGGUACCAUUGCUCAUCUCCGAGUUGACGAUCGGUGCCGACUAUGCACAGCUGAUUGCCAAACAAUCCACGGUCAAGGAGUUGCAACUGUUGCAGGCUGCAUCAUUCAUCGUGGCCCAGGGUGCACAAUUCACCACAACCGUGCUGACUAUCGAUGGCACAUCUUCCACCAUCGUCACAAACGCAGGCCUCUCAGCCACCAGUCUAAAUCUAAAUGGUGUGAUCACCCUCAACGUAGGCUCCACCAUCUCCUCUUCCAAUCUUAUUGCUUCCGCCAAUGCCCAAAUACAAGUUAAUGGUAGUUCUAUUGUAACACUGAGUGGAUCUUUCAAUGACAACUCAACAUUGAUUGCCAAGGGAAUUUCAAACACGUUCACGAUCAAUGCCCAGUGUAAUUUUAAUAAUUUAGCCCAGCUGGUGCUGACUGGUCCUUCAAUGAGCGCCAACGCAAACACAAAGUUGUACUUUGCCGACAACUCCAAGAUCAUGUUUGGUCCUGUCGGCCCCUCCGUAAGCAUGCAGGGCGGCAUCUACACCUUUAACAACAGCGCCCAGCUCACCGUGGCAACAGGAGGCAAGGUCGGCUUUCUAGGUGGGGUACUCACCACCUUCUACUUUUACGGCGCGUCACAGAUGGCCAUGAACGGUAGCAGCUUCAGGUGCCAGCCCAGCUCCCUACUCCACUUUGGGGAAUCCUCAUCGGUGAGGAUGUCUGGCCUGUCUUCCAUGUCGCUCGACCCUACUUCAUACCUCAACUUUACGGCCAGCUCAGUGUUUGCGAUGAAUGAAAGCUCGGCUCUCAACAUCAACACGAACAUCGACCUGGACAACAUAGCUCGCUUCACCAUCGAUUCAUCGACGGUGACUAUGUUGCCCAGCAGCUUACUAAAAGUCAAGGGCAACGCGUCUGUUGAGAUCAGUGGUUCGGCAUCAUCACUCAAUAUCAAGUCUGCUGCGAUUGCUACAUUCUCAGCCAACUCGAGACUCGCUUCGUCAGGUGCCCCACUCGCCAUUGAUGGCCAAGUCAACUUCACCGACUCGUCCACAUUCUCUGUCGCUGGCCUGGCGUCAGUCAGCUUGACAGGCACGCUCAAACUAGUCGACUCGGCACAGAUGACAGUGGAUACAUCGUCCUUUGUGUAUGUCAAGACUGGCGCAUCCGUCAGCUUCACGGACAACGCAAUCCUAAAGUCCAAGAAUGGCGCGACCAUCAGUAUCAAUGAAACCACAAGUUUCACGGGUGGUGCACAGUUGAGCCUCGAAUCGAACUCCAACGUCGUCCUUAUCUCGUCCGCAUCUUCGCUCUCAUUCAGUGGCAAUGCCAGCCUCCAGCAAAGUGGCACUGGUGCCACACUGACAGUCCAGACCGGCGCCUCACUGGCACUCCUGGACAACUCGAACGUGGAUCUGGCAGCCGGCGCAUCGCUCGAUGUUGAGGGCGGCCAGGCGACAUUCGGCGCAGGCACUUCCAUGCGUGUCCACAGCGCAUCCCUGCGCGCAGGACUCGGUGGAAAGCUCUCAUUUGCCAACUUCUCGUCAUUGGUCAUGGUACAGUCCACAAUGGUCAUUGACGGCCAACAGGUAUUUGACGUCUCGGCCAAGUUGGAUGUCAACUCGACGAAGGUCAUCAUCACAGGCAAUGUAACACUCGACGCUGCGUCCUCAUUCGUCGACUCUGAGCUUCACAUCCUCGGACGUAUCAACAUCUCUGGCGUCAUCAACAUUCAGAACUCGUUGCUCAACAUCACCAAGGGCGCGAGACUUGACCUCAACAGCCAGCUGCGCGGACGCAACCUCAAGCUGCACAUCGAGGGAGACUUUGAAGCCAAUCCCGACUUUGGUGACUUUGUCUGUGACGAGUGCGAGGUGCACGUAGACAACAAGGGCUGGGUGCGCUUCAACAUGCACACGCACGCCAACCUCACCAACACUGUCGUCUACAACAACGCCAACAUGUACCUGAUGCCCCUGCAUAUGAUCAUCCCUCGAGGCAACAAGAUCUACAAUGCCGGUGUGCUGGACUACUGCACAGACAUCCUGGUCACCAACAACUACUCGAUCACCAACGACACUGAGCCCAUUGUGAUCAACACUGGCCGCUGGCUGUGUCGAACAGAGAUGACCAACGUCCUCUACACACCCUUCAACAACACUGGCUCGCUCGAGAUGUCGGCCGGCAUUAUCAUAUUCAACCGUCUCACGCAGACCAAUGGCACGAUCAUGAUGGAUGGCGGAGUGUUCCACGCCAAUCACACGGUCGAGAUUGAGUCUGGCCUGCUCUAUGGAGUCGGUCACAUCUACGCAUCAAUCGAGAACAACGGCACGAUUGGCACAGCGCACAAUGUUACGAGCACGGACAACCUGACGAUCAGUGGCGACUUGUACCACAAUGGUGAGAUGGUGAUCAAUGUUGUAACGCCCACCAACUACUCGGUGGUCAAUGUGCAGAGUAAUGUGGUCGUUGGCGACGACGCCACGCUCGUGCUCAAGAUGUCAUCGGGCCUCGAGCCCGGCACCAACGCCUCCGUGAUGAACUAUGCCUCGAUCCAAGGCAAGUUCUCGUCGAUACGCAUCAAGUCAUUCGACCCGGCCACGGGACAAGAGGAGGAUGUCGACCCCUGUCGCUACCAGACCGAUCAGGGCAAGACCAGUCUGUCGGUGUUGGUCAGUCCACAGGGUAGCUGUUCAUCAUCGGGCGGCUACAAACUGCCGAUUGGAGCCAUUAUUGGAAUUGUCAUUGGAUGUGUUGUGGUGACAGCUGUCAUCAUUGGUAUUGCCUCGUACCGACUGAGGUUCCGACUAAUGCUGCGACGUUCCUAUUCCCAGAGAUCAUCCUCACAUAUCAAUCUAAAGACCAGCAAACUUGGCAACUAA